GCUGCUGCCUCCAAACUGCCUGGGGAGGGAUGUGCUGAAGUGUCAGAAUGAAACUCCAGCUUCUCUUGAUCUCCUUCCUCUGUCUCCUUUCCAAGGUCUGUGCUCAGCUCUGUCAGACUCCAUGCUAUUGCCCUUGGCUCCCUCCCCGUUGCCCACCAGGCUCCCCCUUGGUUCUGGAUGGAUGUGGCUGCUGCAAUAUAUGUGCUCGUAGGUUGGGAGAGCCCUGCAACUACCUUCAUGUGUGUGAUCAGAGCCAGGGUCUUGUCUGUGAUUACAGCAUUGCUUCUACAGGGAGAGCCACCUGCAAUUAUGAGGAGGGAGAUGACAGCUGCGAAGUGAAUGGAAAGAUCUAUCGGGAUGGUGAAGCAUUCCAGCCAAGCUGUAAACUUCGGUGCCAUUGUUCAGGGGGAGGUGUGACAUGCGUCCCCCUCUGCAGUGAGGAUAUCCGCCUCCCCACUCCAGACUGCCCCCAUCCAAGGCGUGUGGAAGUCCCAGGGAAGUGUUGUCAGGAAUGGAUUUGUGAGCGACAAGACAGACAGGUCUUUCAGGACGCCUUGGCAGCGCAAAGGCUGCCUGGGAUAGCAUCGAUCGCUUUCCCCUAUCCGUGUGAAGAGUGGAGCACAGAGUGGUCAGCCUGCUCGGUGACCUGUAACAUGGGGAUUUCCACCCGCGUAUCUAACCAGAAUGGGUACUGCAGGCUUGAGACUCAGAGACGUUUGUGCUUCCUCAGACCUUGCCAAGGUCUUGUGAGGACUGCCAGUGUGAGAGGAAGAGGAAACCGGCUGUAAAAUUAUCCGCUCAGAAACUGAUAUAUUGAAGUUUUCCCAGCAACUUCGGCACAAGCCCAAAUUGCUCUUGUUUCUUUGGUGAUGGGAGCAUUGCCUAGGAACUUGCAUUUGCUCCUCAUUUGCUUAUUUCUUGAGUGACUUCAGCUGGAAAAGAGCAAGAAGACAAAAGACCAAUCCCUUGGCAUGGCCGGCAUGGGCCUUCCCCAUUGAUUCCACAGCAGUUACACGAGAGAAUGUUAUUGUUCAGUGAGAAAAGCCAGGCCAUAGGGUUUAUACUGUACAACACUGAGGUGUUCAUUACCAGCUUGUGGCUACUAUUAUAAAUCAACCCAUUGGGAAGGAGGGGGAGAGCAAGACAUGAUGCUUUGCAGCUACCAUAGUUCAAGAAAAGAUGUCCAGUUAUUCUCUCUGCAAUCUCUUCACUGAAAAAUAAUUCUGAUGACCCAGCCGGAGAAGGAGAUGCCAUUUUUUUCACCAUAGGUUGUUUCUUAGAAAUAAAUAAACAAAUGCAAUUACAAAUGA